AUGCGUAACCUGCCCGCUGAUCUCCGCAAGAAGCUCACAGACACCGUGGAGAUCGCCCUGAAGGUGCUGCAGAAGUACUUGAGCGUGAAAUGCCCGCCCCAGCCUCCGUUCCGUGUGGCGCCGCAAUGCACCAAGGCGGCGGUGCGGCAGGACGGCAGCCUGGGUUUCUGCGUGGGCCACGAGCCGGACAUGCUUGGGGCAGGGGACAAGGCGCGCGCGUCGCGCACAUGCGGGCUAGCAAGCAUCAAUGCAAGCCACAUAGCCCCCUACAAAGACUGCGCCAUGCCAGAUGGCCAGGCUUGCAAGAGAUUCAGGACCCAGCAGGAUGACUCGUGCUCCACGCUCGGCAUUGGAGCGUGGGCGCUGCCUUGCUUGAUGGACCUCAAGACACACCGCCCAGUGAUGGGCACCAUCAACAUCUGCCCAUCUGACAUCCCUAAGGACUGGACAGUCGACACCGUGGUACACGAGCUGCUGCACGCCCUGGGGUUUGCCAGCAGCCUGCAUGGAUGGUUUUAUGACGGCUCUGGCAAGGCGCUUCCAAAAGCCCAGGUGGUAAGGGAGGUCAAGGAUGCCCGUGGAAGGCCCGCCGACGUCAUCAUCACCCCCAACGUCGUUCGUGAGGCGCGCGCCCAGUCGGGCUGCCCCACAAUGCCAGGCGGGUUUCUGGAGUCAGAAGGGGGCCGGGGCAGCGCCGGUGACCACUGGGAGGCGCGGCUGUACCAGGGUGACAUCAUGCUGGCGGCAAAGAGGGUGAACAGCGGGCGCCCCGACACCAUGAGCCGCCUGACGCUGGCCUACAUGCAGGACACUGGCUGGUACGACGUGAACUACGACAACGCGGGGUUCCUGUCCUGGGGGUACAAGUAA